AUGGACUGUGAUUUAAUUACAUUUGUGAUUGAUAAAGACGAGCUGAGAAGUGCCACAGUCGCGAUAAAUCCCACUCUUGACAAGACUUACAAGUCGUGUUUUCAAGACUCUGAAAUUCAAGCCAACAGAAAGCUUGAAAUUGAGUCGGUUUUGGACUAUUUACACGAUGAAUUGAAUACAGGACAUUGGAGUAAAAUCCCCAUAACAAUUCGGAGGGCUUUUAGUGCUGCCAGUUUUGUUAAAACAAUAAUUUUGCUUAAAAGUAGUGAAUUCACCGAUGAUUUAUUAAAACAGUGUUUGAAAACUGUAGAUUUGGGGCUCCUAUUAGGCGCCCCUUUGCAAGUCAAUAGUGAAUUGCUAACAAAUUGUGCAACUUUUCUUUCAAAGAAGUUGAACGAACGUAACGCAACUUGUGAAAUUCAAAAUCAAAAACGGAAAAGUGGAAACAAAGAUUUGGACAACUUAGAACAAAUUAAUGGUGUUAAUAUCGAUACUCUAGUUUGUCCGUCGUUGGAAACGUUCAAUAAUAAAUACUUCAUCCCCCAAAAACCGGUGAAGUUGCAAGACUGUGUGACCCAUUGGCCCGCCCUGUCUAAAUGGCCCGACAUCACCUACUUGCUAAAAACAGCAGGCGAUCGCACUGUCCCUGUCGAAAUCGGGUCACACUAUGCUGACGAAAAUUGGGGCCAAAAACUUAUGACUUUGAAAGAAUUCAUCACGAAUUAUUUUUACAUGUCGGAGGAUUUGGGUUAUUUGGCCCAACACAACUUAUUUGACCAGAUUCCAGAAUUACGAAACGACAUAUACAUUCCGGAAUAUUGCUGUUUGGGUCAAGACGACAACGAACCCGAAAUAAAUGCAUGGUUUGGACCCGCAAAAACCGUUUCGCCUUUGCAUCACGACCCGAAAAACAAUUUUCUAGUCCAGGUUUUUGGUACAAAACAACUAAUUUUGUAUUCACCCGACGAUACGUCUUGCUUGUAUCCACACGAAAGCACCUUACUGUCUAAUACGGCCCAAGUGGACCCUUUUAACCCCGAUUUGGAUAAAUAUCCCAAUUUUCGCAACGCGAAAGCUGUGAAAUGUAUCUUAGAAGCGGGCGAAAUGUUGUAUAUACCUCCGAAAUGGUGGCACCACGUCACAGCAUUAGAGAAAAGUUUCUCGGUUAGUUUUUGGUGGAAUUGAAAUAAUAAACUUGAAAUGAAAAAUGA